ACAAGGUAGUAGUACUAGUAGAUAGAUUCUACUCUCUCUCUUCUCUUCUCUCUUGUCUCUCUGUAACAACCAAAUUCAAUUCAAUGGCGUCGAAGGAGAAGAAACCUGCGUCAUCGAAACCCUCCACCAGUCGAGCUGACAGGAUCCGCACUCUCUCCGAUCUCAACCGCCCAUCCGCUGACUCUGACACCGACUCCGAUGACCCUCAGGAGUAUUACACCGGCGGCGAAAAGAGUGGAAUGCUUGUCCAGGAUCCUUCAAAAGGCACUGAUGUCGAUGCAAUUUUCAAUCAAGCAAGACAGCUGGGAGCUAUAGAAAGGCCAAUUGAUCAACUUCAGGAGCCACCAAGGUCGACCAGUUUUACUGGAACUGGCAGGUUACUCUCGGGUGAAAGCAUACAAUCUGCCCCUCAGCAACCUGAGUCUGUUGUUCAUAACAUUGUUUUUUGGACUAAUGGUUUCACUGUAAAUGAUGGACCUUUGAGGAGCUUGGAUGAUCCUGAAAAUGCCUCAUUUUUAGAGAGCAUAAAAAAAUCCGAGUGUCCAAAAGAGCUUGAACCUGCAGAUAGGAGGUCAUCUGUUAAUGUUAACCUCAUAAGGAGGAAUGAGAAGUAUCAUGAACCCGAAAAGCCCCAUGUUCCAUUUCAGGGUGUGGGAAGAACUCUAGGAAGCAGCUCUGCUUCAGUGGCACCUCAGCCAACUGCCUCCUCAACCUCAACUUCUUUCAACACUUCUCCAACCCCUUCUGCUGGCCUGGUGGUAGACCAGUCAUUGCCAUCAACCCAAAUACAGCUUAGGUUAGCUGAUGGAACCCGCUUGAUAUCAAAUUUUAAUUAUCACCAUACAGUCAGCGACAUUCGUGCCUUCAUUGAUGCUUCUAGACCUGAGGGUGCAAGGAAUUAUCAACUUCAGAUAAUGGGUUUUCCCCCAAAGCUUCUCUCAGAUGAAACUCAGACCAUCGAGCAGGCGGGGCUAGCAAAUUCAGUUGUCAUCCAGAAAUUCUAAAAAGCUGCAGAAAGAUUGCUGCUUUGGGUGUUUACUAGCUUAAAUUAAACACUGUAUUAAAGUGAAUCAAUUUUCCCUGCUUAAAACCUGGUGGGGUUUUCUAUCAUGACAGUUUUAUUGAGUUGUUAUUAGCAAAACAAAAAAGGAAUUGGGGUGGGGGUUUAUAUUUUAUUUUCUCUGAAGUUUUAAUCAAAGGUUUAAAUUGCUUUAGGUUCAGUUGUAUCUUAUAUGGCUUAGUGUGACCGAUUGAGUGCAAAAUGAACAGACUUUCUCAAUCCUAAAAAAAAUUUUAUUCA